AUGCAUGAUAACAAGGGCUACUACAAGCUGUUGAAUUUGAAGCCUGGCGCUUCGGUCUCAGAGGUAAAGAAGGCGUACAAUUUGAUGCUCAUGAAGUAUCAUCCGGACAUGGGAUCAAUAGCCAAGCAAUUGAAGACGAUAGAGGAUGAGGCGGAGCGUAACAAAAAAUUUGAGGAGAUCAAUGAGAUGUGCAAGAAACUCAACGAUGCGAAGACCGUGCUCACCGAUUCGGAGAAGAAGGAGCUGUACGACCAGGGCGUAGACGAGAAUGCGUCUGGAUAUGAUAUGAGCGGGUUUGAUAUUUUUGAGUUCAUGGGUGGACGACGGGACAAGGGUCCUAAGAAGGUCGCGAAUACAGAGUUUCAUGUGAAGUUUACAUUGAAGGACAGCUUCCUUGGUCGCAAGAAGACCUUCAGUGUGAAAAGGGAGGUGAUCUGCACGGCUUGCGAGGGCCGUGGUGGUGAGAAGAGCACUAUGUGUGCGACGUGCAAGGGUGAGGGAGAGAUUGGUAUAAAGCGCCAAAUGGGACUCAUUUUUUCGAUAGACAGGAGUGCAUGCCCAGACUGCCGUGGAAGCGGGCACAUCGUGGAGGGGCCGCUGUGCUCCGAAUGCAAGGGGCAGAGGUACUGCCAGAAGCAGGAGAGCGUGACUGUCACGUUUGACAAAGGCUUCAAAAAUGAUGAUACGGUGGUUUGCCGAGGAAAAGGCGACGAGCACGUUGGGUGUAUACCAGGUGAUCUUGUGUUGAUAAUAAACAUCAAGGAGGAUCAGCACUUCAAGAGGGUAGACAACCACAUCGUUACCACGGCUGAUAUUGAUCUGUAUACGGCACUCGUCGGUGGAACGAUUACGCUGAGGCACAUCGAUGACUCGGUGCUGAAUGUUAAAAUAGACAGAAUCAAAAAUUUGAGAGAAGGCGUUAUAAUUGUGAAGGGUGCUGGCUUCCCCGGAGGCGACCUGCACAUCAUCCCGAAUUUUGUCUACGGCAAUGUUAAAGAAGAGGAGCUGAAAAAAGUGUUGCCCUGUCCUAAGCUUUCCAAAAACAACGGCGUAGCGUGCACCGGAACGCAGGGCAAGUUGCCCACUGAGAAGAAAAGAAAUGCCAACAAUUUUAAGGAGAACAUAUUUUCACAGUUCUUUAGAGGUUUUUAAGGCUUGUGGUGUGAUAAAUAAA